UGGCUCUCUUCGCGGAGAGCUUCGCUUGAGCGCUGUUUCCUCUCCAAUUAGGCAGCAGAAAAAUGGCGUCAGAGGCUGUAUUUGUCAAAGGAGCUACCAAUGCUACGACUCCAUGGAAAGCUUGCUGAAGAAGCAAAGCUGAUCACUGAAUUGGCUGAGAUAGAUGCUAUAAAUUACAGUAUUUUUAAGCAAGCAUACUAUGCAUCUCUAGAUGUGAGCAAGUCCUUGGAUAAUUAUGAGAUGUCUAGGCUUCUUGUUGGGACAUAUGACAUGGAAGGGGCUUCUCUGAUUAUUCAAGCUCAACCAGGGGGCCACAAUUCCGAGAUAUGGGCUGAACAACUUCUGGGCAUGUAUAUCAAAUGGGCCAAUAAGCAUGGUUAUAGAGGAAGGAUAGUUGAGAAGUACACUUCUAUGAAUAAUGGUGUCCUAUCAGCAGCAAUUGAGUUUGAAUUUGAAUAUGCUUAUGGCUAUCUUUUAGGAGAGAGAGGUGUGCACCACAAGAUGACGUUCCAAAAGGGAUCUGUUCACCAUGAGGUAUGCCACUACUGAUUGUUUUGUAGCCUGUAUUAUAGACCUUUUAUUUUUCUUGUUUGUACUAUUUAUGUAUGCCUUUAAUGUGGAAGUGGAUGGAAAUUAUAGGUAAACUGAACUCCAUUGUAGAAAUGCAGAUACGGGCUUCCUGGCUUCUCCACCUGAUUAACAUUUUUCUUUAUUUGCAACAAUUAGACACUCACACCAGGAUGGGUGGAUUUGAAUGCAACUUGGGACUUCAUGAGUUCUCAGCUUGUUCCUUCACCACUAGAUCAGAGUCUUCUUGGCCUUUUAGAUCAAUUUAAGAAGCAUGAUGAUGGUGUUAUUGAAUUAUUUAUUUCCCCAAUAUCAUCUGGAGUUUGAUUUUGAUACCUUUAGUAAGCCAUAGUGUUUGUAAAUCUGAAAAUCUUGCAGGUUAGCUCAGUCAUUGUGGAUGUGAUUCCUCUGUUCCUUGGAUCACCACCUGACCUCCAAAUUAAUGAUGAUGAUUUGAUUAUUUCAUCCCCCUUGCUGCCCAGUCAAGAGCGGAACCUGACAGAACAUGCAGUUAGUAUUCAGCACAUUCCUACUGGCGUAACUGUCCUAUCUUCAGGUGAGAGAAGCUACUUUGCAAAUAAGAUAAAAGCCCUUAACCGAUUGAAGGCAAAACUUCUUGUAAUAGCCAAGGAGCAAGGAGUUUCUGAUGUUGGUAGCAUCAAGAUGAAUGCCAUCACGAAUGCAUGGCAAAUAGAUGCUCGAAGGUAUGCAUCUCACCCUCACAAGCAAGUACAAGAUGUAAAAACAGGCAUCCAACUGCCUGACCUAAAUUCAGUAUUGAACGGAAAUAUUGAACCUCUUAUUGGAGCUCAUAUCAACAUGAGACAGUCAAGUGAUACCAUUUGAGUUCACAUGGCUUGCUUUCAUCCUAUUUCUGGGCCACUGACAUAUUCUUUCAUGGUUUUGAAAAUCUAGAAUUAACAUCACGUUUCUGUUUGACAAUUCUUCAUCCUGACAUACAUGUUGAGAGAACUGACUGAUUGUGUCUGUAUGAAGUAUGAACUCUGAAUAGCUAAACCUUGUGCACUAUGUAAAAUUUUUUGGCUUCUAUUGCAUUUUUGGCACCAUAAAAUAGCAAAGCACUCUCCUAAAAGUUGGGUUUAAAUUGGUAGUUAAUGAAAGUAGUGUAUUUAA